UCUCGUGGUUCAUACCCAUCACAAACAUGGGGGCAUUGACUGAAGGGGCAGAGAUGAUAACCUUUUUGGCCCCACCCUUUAAGUGGGCCCUGGCCUUCUCCACGGUGGUAAAGACUCCAGUAGACUCCUCCAGUAGUGGUACUCAGCACCACCGCUGUUAGCGGUGUUAGCUGUUGCUCCUGGAAGAUGGUGAUGGGCUUCCCGUUGAUGACAAGCUUCUGGUCCUCAAUCUUGACUGUGCCAUUGAAUUUGCCAUGGGUGGAGUCACACUGGAACACGUAGAUCAUGUAGUUGAUGUCAACGAAAGGGUCGUUGAUGGCAACAAUCUCCACUUUGCUAAUUGCAGAGCAGGAGGCCGCCCUGGUAAAUCCGUUCACACCAACUUUCACCAUCUUGUCUACCAGACGAGGCUGACACUGCACGAGAAAAUGCGGCUGUCUCUGGAACAGGGAGGAGCAGAAAGCCCAUUUUUCUUUACCUUAUAGUCCCUUAUUCAUAUAUUAUGGCUUCUGCCCUUGUGUUUUGUGAAUUGUGUCUCUGUAUCUAUCUGUGUUUACUGUGCUUUUUCUUUGGCUUUCUUUUCUUCAGUUUGUGUUGUCCUAUUCUGAUGUUUGUUUUUAUUAUUAUUCUGUAGAUGCCUGCUUUGUUUUCUGGUGGGAGACAGAGAGGGUGUAGAUCCAGAUGGGAGGGGAGAGAGGAAGAACUCAGAGUUGGGGGAGAGAAACCAGUAAUUAGGAUAUGUUGUAUGAAAAGUCUAUUUUCAGUAAAAGAAAAUGUUGCUUACCUUUUAUUACUAUUGUUUAUUUUUGAGGCAUGGUCUUCUGCAGCCUAGGCUGCUCUUGAACUUGGUGUGUAAGAACAGCCUUGAAUUUCUGAUCCUGUCACUCAUACCUCCCAAGUAUUGACAGCACGGUGUGUGCAGUCAUGCCCUGUAGCAUGUGUCCUUGGAACUGAACACAGGGCCUCUUUCAUGCCAGGCAAAGACUCUACCUCACCAAGGCAAUCUAAGCCCCUUUAUUUAUUUUAGCACUGCUGGGUUAUCUCACCCAGGGCUCUCUGCAUACCAGGCAAGCUCUGGACCAUCUUCACCAGACCUUAAAUAUCACACACACAUAUACCAUGCUCACAUGGUAAUUAUCAGAGAUGAUGGUGAAUGGGUUAAUCAGUUUGAACUAAUUUCACAAUAUAUCUGUAUUUCUACAUAUCACAUUCUAAAUAUCGUUCUUGUUGCUAGAGGUUGAAGAUGCUAGACAAGAACGCUCUAGCACUGAGCUAAUGUCUCGUUUCUGUCAAUUAUACCUCUAUAAAAGUACAAAUUAGUUCCACUACUAGAACACAUUUGUUAAAAAAAAAUUGAAAUACAGGUUUGUGGGACAGCUCAGUGCAGAAAGUGGCUGCCAAGGAGAUGGACCACAGUUCAGCCUAGGACCCAAAUGACAGGAGAGAACCAACUCUCCAAGUUUAUCCUCUGAUCUCUACACAUGCAGUGAUGUAUGCAUACCUCCCUACCGCAUAUACACACAAAUGUCAUAAAAGAAAAUGCUGACCAGGCUUAGAAUACAUAUACAGUCCACAGUCAAUUUUUAAUAAUUCCACAAAUACAUGUUUGUUUGAACACAUUUUUGAAGUGCAAAAAAAUUUCAGAGUGUUUCAUAAUCAACAUACUUUUAUGUUAAUGUUGCUGACUGUUACUAUUUCAUUUUAUAGGUGUACAAUAUGUUCAAUUUUAGCCCUUUACUAGCUUUUUGCCACUAUGAAGACUAUGAUGAAUUACUGUAUUUAACCACACAUAUAUGUAAGCAUUAGAUCCUUGAAAUAUUUUUCUUUACUAAUUUUUAAAAACAGAUUUUGCUGGGCGGUGGUGGCACAGGGUACGCCUUUAAUCCUAGCACUUGAGAGGCAGGUGGAUAUCUUCAAUCCAGGCCAGCCUGGUCUACAGAGUGAGUCCAGGAUGGUCAGAGUUUCUCUGUCCCACCUCCCCAAAUUUUUAAUUAUGCAUAUGUGUGUGAGGGUGUUGAAUCCCCUGGAAUUAGACUUAUAGUUGUGAAUUGACAUAUGGGUGCUGGGAAUUGAGCCAGUGCUCUUAACCUCUGAGCCAUCUGUUCCAGCUCCUUAUUAGUUUUUGGAGAAAAGAUCACCUAGUAGCCAAGGAUGACCUUGAACGCUGGAUCCUCCUGCCUACACUUCCCUAAAUGCGGGGAUUUUGGGCAUGAAUCACCGCAUCAAGAUUAAAUGGUGCUAGGACUCAAAGCCAGGAUUUCACGCACGCUCCCCCAAGCAGUCUACCUAAAGAGCUACAACCACAGUAUGUUAAAGGAGAUCGUUUUCAGAUCUCAAUUCUGGUUAAAGAUUAUUCGACUGGUUCGAACAUUUAAACUUAUAUAUGAAUAUUAUCUAUUCCAAGAAGUUUGAAAUUAGGUCUGGAAAAGAGUUUUAUUCAAUAUAGGUGGGGACGAAAUAACGAGCGGGAUUAAGAUGACAAAUAUCUUUUGUGCAUGGGAGUAGGUGUUUAGAUUCUGUAGGAUAGGACGAAAGACCUCAGUAGCUUCCAUGACAGCCUGAGGCAGGAUAAAGAAGCAACAAGAACAACGAACACUUUUCUCUUUGUAGCCCUGGCUGAUCUGGAACUCGCUCUGUAGAUCAGGCGGCCUUGAACUCAGAGAUCUGCUUGCCUUUGCCUCCCCAGUGCUGGGAUUAAAGGCGUGCAUCACCACGCCUAGUAAACACUUCUGGAGACAAACGUGCAUUUUUGUUUGAUGUAAAAAACACGCUCUCAUUUGUCUUCAUCUGUUGCCAUUCGUGUUCUCACAGGGCAGCGCGUCUUCUGGCCUAACCUGAAGUUCACAAACGCCGAGAUAGACCGAACUCUCUAAGGGGAGCUGACCGAUGCAGCGAACACAGAGUUUAAUUCUGAGGAGAUUUUUCUUCUCAGGCGUCCAACGUCACUUAACGUCACGCUAGUGAGCGAAGGCGGUAGGACGACGAAGGCCAGCCCAGGCCUCUGCUCCACGCCUAACAGUCGCCAGGCAGUCGCGCCGUUCCCAAGCGGGCCUCUCUAGCCGGCGGGAGACAGCGAGCGGAGCCGUUACGGGAGCGCCGAAGAGCCAGCUCGCGUCACACGAAGGAGCGAACGCGCAAACCUCCGCCGACGCGCCUCCUCGAGGCCCCGCCCACUCGCCUUCCACAACCCGCUGGCGGCCCGGAGGAGGCGGAGUCUAGGAGGAACAGGCGCAUGCGCCCUCGCAACCCGGCCCUCGAAGGGGGAACUAGCGAUCUCGCGAGGGUUGAGAGCGGGUGGCGUAGGUCGCUGUCUGGUUGGUUGGAGAAGAUAAUCUACUCCGGUAGAGGAGAAGGCGCCGGGAGACCUCUGAGUACCUUUCGCUUUCCUUUCCCUUUCCCUCGGCCCUCCGCCUCCUCACAGUCAGCCCGCCCUCCCUGACCUCCUUGACCCCGCUGGCCCCGCCCACCCUCGUCGACGUGAUUCCCGCCGUGAGGUAAACGCCAGUGGAGCGGAGUCCCGCGGAAGAGGAGGACUAGGCGAGCGUCGCGGCUGGGCCGGCUCUGGUCGGUGGCGGAGCCCCUGCGCGUGAGAGCUUCCGGGCGGGUCUCGCUCCUCCGGCGGCCCGGACGCUAGAGCCGCGCAGGCCCAGGCCGCUUUCCUCGGCGCCGCGCCUGCCCGUGGCCGCGGCGGGUGACGCAGCCGGAACAUGUCGUCCACGGCUGAGCCUCCGCCGCCCCCGCCUCCCGAGAGCGCGCCUUCCAAGCCCUCGGCGGCGGGCGCCGGCGGGAGCAGCAGCGGCAACAAAGGCGGCCCGGAGGGCGGCGCGGCGCCGGCGGCUCCGAGCGCCACAGGCGCGGGUCCCGCGGACACCGAGAUGGAGGAAGUAUUUGAUGAUGGAUCACCUGGAAAGCAAAAAGAAAUCCAAGAACCUGAUCCUACAUAUGAAGAAAAAAUGCAAACUGACCGAGCAAAUAGAUUUGAGUAUUUAUUAAAGCAGACAGAGCUGUUCGCACAUUUCAUUCAGCCUGCUGCUCAGAAGACUCCAACCUCACCCUUGAAGAUGAAACCAGGGCGCCCACGGGUAAAAAAGGAUGAAAAACAGAAUUUGCUUUCGGUUGGAGACUACCGACAUCGUAGAACAGAGCAAGAGGAGGAUGAAGAGCUAUUAACAGAAAGUUCCAAAGCAACCAAUGUUUGUACUCGAUUUGAAGAUUCUCCAUCAUAUGUAAAAUGGGGUAAACUGAGAGAUUAUCAGGUCCGAGGAUUGAAUUGGCUCAUCUCUCUGUAUGAGAAUGGCAUCAAUGGUAUCCUUGCAGAUGAGAUGGGUUUGGGAAAGACUCUGCAAACAAUUUCUCUUCUUGGGUACAUGAAACACUAUAGAAAUAUUCCUGGUCCUCAUAUGGUUUUGGUUCCCAAGUCUACAUUGCACAACUGGAUGAGUGAAUUCAAGAGAUGGGUGCCAACACUUAGGUCUGUUUGCUUGAUAGGAGAUAAAGAGCAAAGAGCUGCAUUUGUCAGGGAUGUUCUAUUACCAGGAGAGUGGGAUGUAUGUGUCACAUCUUAUGAAAUGCUUAUUAAAGAGAAGUCUGUGUUCAAAAAAUUUAACUGGAGAUACUUAGUUAUAGAUGAAGCUCACAGGAUAAAAAAUGAAAAAUCUAAGUUGUCAGAAAUAGUGAGAGAAUUCAAGACUACAAACCGACUGUUGCUGACAGGGACGCCUCUUCAGAACAACCUGCACGAGCUCUGGUCCCUGCUAAACUUUUUGUUACCAGAUGUGUUUAAUUCAGCUGAUGACUUUGAUUCCUGGUUUGAUACAAAUAAUUGCCUUGGGGAUCAAAAACUAGUUGAGAGGCUUCAUAUGGUUUUGCGUCCAUUCCUUCUUCGUCGAAUUAAAGCUGAUGUUGAAAAGAGUUUGCCUCCAAAGAAAGAAGUAAAAAUCUAUGUGGGUCUUAGCAAAAUGCAAAGGGAAUGGUAUACUCGGAUAUUAAUGAAAGACAUAGACAUACUGAACUCAGCAGGGAAGAUGGACAAGAUGAGACUGUUGAACAUCUUGAUGCAGCUGAGGAAGUGCUGUAACCACCCUUAUCUCUUUGACGGGGCUGAGCCUGGGCCUCCCUACACCACAGAUAUGCAUCUGGUUACCAACAGCGGCAAGAUGGUGGUGUUGGACAAACUGCUCCCUAAAUUAAAAGAACAAGGUUCAAGAGUACUAAUCUUUAGUCAGAUGACAAGGGUAUUAGACAUUUUGGAAGAUUAUUGCAUGUGGAGAAAUUAUGAGUACUGCAGGUUGGAUGGACAGACACCCCAUGAUGAGAGACAAGACUCCAUUAAUGCAUACAAUGAACCAAAUAGCACCAAGUUUGUAUUUAUGCUAAGCACACGUGCUGGUGGUCUGGGCAUCAACCUUGCAACUGCUGAUGUAGUAAUUUUAUAUGAUUCAGAUUGGAAUCCUCAAGUUGAUCUUCAGGCUAUGGACCGAGCACAUAGAAUUGGACAAACGAAGACUGUUCGAGUGUUCCGCUUUAUAACUGAUAACACUGUGGAAGAAAGAAUAGUAGAACGUGCCGAGAUGAAGCUCAGACUGGAUUCCAUCGUAAUUCAACAAGGGAGGCUUGUAGAUCAGAACCUGAACAAAAUUGGGAAAGAUGAAAUGCUUCAAAUGAUUCGACAUGGUGCCACACAUGUGUUUGCUUCAAAAGAAAGUGAAAUCACUGAUGAGGAUAUUGAUGGUAUUUUGGAAAGAGGUGCAAAGAAGACUGCAGAAAUGAAUGAAAAGCUCUCCAAGAUGGGUGAAAGCUCACUUAGAAACUUUACGAUGGAUACAGAGUCCAGUGUUUAUAACUUUGAAGGAGAAGACUAUAGAGAAAAACAAAAGAUUGCAUUCACAGAGUGGAUUGAACCACCUAAGAGAGAAAGAAAAGCCAACUAUGCUGUAGAUGCGUACUUCAGGGAAGCUCUGCGUGUCAGUGAGCCUAAAGCACCCAAGGCGCCUCGACCUCCAAAACAACCAAAUGUUCAGGAUUUCCAGUUCUUUCCUCCACGUUUAUUUGAAUUACUGGAAAAAGAAAUUCUAUAUUACAGGAAAACUAUCGGUUACAAGGUACCUCGGAGUCCUGAUCUACCCAAUGCAGCACAGGCACAGAAGGAAGAGCAGCUUAAAAUCGACGAAGCAGGGCCCCUUAAUGACGAGGAGUUAGAGGAAAAAGAGAAGCUUCUGACUCAGGGGUUCACUAAUUGGAAUAAGAGAGAUUUUAACCAGUUUAUCAAGGCUAAUGAAAAGUGGGGUCGCGAUGAUAUUGAGAACAUAGCCAGAGAAGUAGAAGGGAAAACUCCAGAAGAAGUCAUUGAGUACUCAGCUGUGUUCUGGGAAAGAUGCAAUGAGCUCCAGGACAUAGAGAAGAUUAUGGCUCAGAUUGAAAGGGGAGAGGCAAGGAUUCAAAGAAGAAUAAGUAUCAAGAAAGCACUAGAUACAAAGAUUGGACGGUACAAAGCACCCUUUCACCAACUAAGAAUAUCGUAUGGUACUAACAAAGGGAAAAACUACACGGAAGAAGAGGACCGCUUUCUCAUUUGUAUGCUUCACAAGCUUGGCUUCGACAAGGAAAAUGUUUAUGAUGAGUUACGACAAUGCAUCCGAAACUCCCCUCAGUUCAGAUUUGAUUGGUUUCUCAAGUCCAGAACUGCGAUGGAGCUCCAGAGGAGGUGUAAUACCUUAAUUACUUUGAUUGAAAGGGAAAAUAUGGAACUAGAAGAAAAGGAGAAGGCAGAGAAAAAGAAAAGAGGACCAAAGCCUUCCGUGAGUACAGAUUAUGUGAAUCAUACAGUUUUGGGUGUUUUAUGCACAGUAGUGUGUAUGUGCAUGUGUGUGUGUAUUAUCCAUAUAUGUAUGUGUAGUAAUACUCACUGUGUGGGGCGCAGAGGUUGACAAUCAGAUGCCCCUUUAUUUUUUGAUUAAAGAGUCACACUGAAUUUGCAGCUUGCCAUUUUGCUAGGUAGGCUGUUGUAAGCAACUCUUCUUUUCCAGACCCAUGCACCAUCAUUGGGUUUUAGGAUUUUACUGGAUUUGGGGAUCAGAGCUCAGGCCCUUAGACUUGCAUGACAAGCAGUUUACCCACCAGCCAUUUGUCCCGCAAACCCACCACAACCAACUUUUAAAGUAUUUGAACAUUGUUUUGUUUUUCCUUUGUAAAUAAUACAUUUGAGUUGCCUUAAAAUAUAAACUGGGUUUGAUACACUAAAUAUAGAAAACCAUGUUACUCUGAGGAGCUAAAAGAAACUCUUCUGAUUGCCAAAAGUACUCACUUGUUCUUGAGAAUGCUUGAAAUUUUAGGAGACUUUUAAGGAGUAUUAGAAUAUUGAACAUGGUGGCUUGACAAGUUCUAUGGCAGUCUUCUAAGUUUUUUUUUUUUAAAGGUUUAUUUAUUUUAUAUAUAUGAGUACACUGUAGCCGUCUUCAAACACACCAGAAGAGGACAUCAGAUCCCAUUACAGAUGGUUGUGAGCCACCAUGUGGUUGCUGGAAAUUGAACUCAGGACCUCUGGAAGAGCAGUCAGUGCUCUUAACCACUGAGCCAUCGCUCCAGCCCCCGUCUUCUAAGCUUUGAUUUAAGUUUAGUUUGAUUCUAAGUUUGAUUCUAAGUUUAGUACUGUGUUAGUUUGAAUGUAAAUAUUUCAGGAGGAAAUAGGCAUCCUGUUAGUCAGCAGCAGUAAAUUAUUUGGAGAUUUGAUAGUAGUUUUGAAAGAUUUGUUAUGAAGCCCUGCAGAAGAGUCUUAGGCUGUCAGUCAUAUGCAGUCACUGCUACCAUGCUGCAUCAUGUUUGAGAACUAAUUGUUCUGUUUGUUUAUAGACACAGAAACGUAAGAUGGAUGGUGCCCCUGAUGGCCGAGGAAGAAAAAAGAAGCUGAAACUAUGAAUGCGUUUUGUCUUAUAAUCACUAACUAGUAGUUCUUUAAUUUACGGGUCUUCAUAAGAUGUUCUGUACAGUGCUCAACUGUUACUGUCAUUCAGAGACAUGAGGUCAUCUGCUUACUGAGCUAGAAACAUAGUAUGUAGUUUCCCUUUUUUAAAUGCAACAGCUGUGCUGAAAUUUUUUUUAUCAUUAACAAUUGAAGUAAUAAAACAGGCUUCAUUUAUUAAUAAAUGUUUCAUUUGAUUUAUUUUUCUAAUAGUUUCAUUUGUGAGGAUUGUGGCUUUUUAUCAGCUACUUUAACACUUGUAUGGCUUAAAAACAAGCAAACAAGUAAAAAAAAAAAAUGCAAAUAACAUUUGAUUGGUCCCUUCUACCUGGUUUGUAAUUACUUCACAUUCUUUGCUGAUUUUUUUUUUUUUUUUUUUUUUGGUAGUACUAUUGAGUCUCAUCUGGAAAGAUUGUGUAAAUUGCAUUCUUGCUUAUUAUAGAAUGGGGGUAAGGCAAGACAUAUUAAUUUUCUGUGCAUAUUUCUGUUACACUUUCUGUUUCUAUGGUUCUGAUGUGAAUGUGCCCUAUUUUGUUGGAUGAAUGGCCUUUUUUAGUUGUAUAGCCAAAGACAUUUAGUAUUUUCUGGUUCUUUAAGGUAAUGUAUUAUUUUGUAAAAGGAAUUUUUUUAAGUAUUUGGAAAAUAUUUUGACAAAUGGCCUGCAGCAGCCACAACUUAGAAAGAUAAUGUCAGAAGUGAGGUGAUUUUUUUUUUUAAUUUGAAUGACCAAGCCAAAAUGAGGUGAGAAUUUGUCAUACUGUUAUAAUACUAAUAGAAUGUACCCUCUCAGUUUAUAGUAUUUUUUGAGUUUUUAGAGUAAAUGAAAAUUUUAUUUUAUUAUAUUUUACAAAUAACUUCUAAGUCUUAGUAGCAAGAUGGAGUAUAAUUCCAGUUUUUAUUUUCUAUGGAAUAGACUGGUGAACUGGAGACCUUGAAGCAGGAAUACCCAGAGGCCUUUAUGUGCUACACAUCAUUUGUAUAAAGUUUUAUAUGUGCAAAUUGGGUACAUAAGCAGUUCUCCAUUUUUCUAAGGGAAUGCAAUAAAUGUAGCAUCGUGAAUAAAUAUAACUUUUAUAAUCCUUAAA